AACCUGCAAUCUUAAUCGAUUGUUUAUUUUUGGCUUAAGCCUCGAUCGCCGGAUCGUUAAAUCGUACUUUCUCCACUUUUUUUGGCUAUAAUUUUAUUUAUCCAUCCCCCAUCAUGUUGCGAAGCACCAAACGUUUACUUCCAACAAAUAGCUUUCGUCAGUAUACUACGAGUAUCUCGCAACCUGUAGCGGUGCGGAUAGUGGAGGUUGGCCCGCGAGAUGGACUUCAAAACGAACCCACUAUUCUUCCGGCAUCGGUGAAAAUCGAUCUUAUCAAUCAAUUAUCAGAGACCGGUCUUCGCACUAUAGAGGCCACCAGCUUUGUAAGUGCGAAAUGGGUUCCCCAGAUGGGCGAUAACACCGAGGUUUUCAAAGGGAUCAAUAAGAUGCCAGGAAUUGGAUAUCCGGUGUUGACUCCGAAUAUUAAAGGUUUCCAAGCGGCUAUGGCGGCCGGAGCUGAAGAGGUUGCCGUUUUCGGAGCUGCAUCCGAGAGUUUUUCGCGCAAGAACGUCAACUGCUCCGUCGCAGAAAGCAUCGCACGAUUUAAGGACGUGAUGGAUGCAGCCAAAAAGGCCAAUAUCAAAGUUCGCGGAUACGUUUCAACGGUUGUCGGCUGUCCUUAUGAAGGAAAAAUUAAACCCUCGGCCGUGGUGAGCGUCGUAGACAAGUUGCUUGAAAUGGGAUGCUACGAAAUAUCGCUUGGUGACACAAUCGGGGUUGGAACACCCGGAUCAUUCUCUGAGAUGCUACGCGAGGUAACUAAGAUAGCCCCAGUUAAUAUGCUAGCCGUGCAUUGUCACGAUACGUACGGCCAAGCCCUUCCGAAUAUUCUGACUUCACUGAACUUUGGAAUAGCUGUAGUAGAUUCGUCCGUGUCGGGACUGGGUGGAUGUCCGUAUGCACGCGGUGCAUCUGGCAAUGCAGCUACUGAAGAUGUGGUCUACAUGCUGCACGGACUUGGCAUCGAUACGGGAAUAGAUUUACCGAAACUGGUAAACGUUGGUAAAUUUAUCUGUGAAAAGUUAGGGCGGCAAUCAGAAUCGAAGGUGAAUCGUGCAAUGAGAAAAACAAACCCGAAUGCUUGUUAAAACGUAUACAUUCCGCUGUCAUUCUUUGUGGUAACGCAGGGUAAAGUGCAUUUAAUAUUGUUAAGAUUUGAAUAAAAUUUCGUCUGACGAACAUGUAAUACUAUAAUAUUUUAAAAAUUCCCAAUAUUUGUGACUAGUAAAAGGAGAGAAUUAAAAAAUU